CAAUUCCGCUGCAAUAAAUAUUUUGGAACGUCAACAAACAUAUGCCACGGCCUAAAAAACUUGAGCUGGCAAAAAUGAUUUAAUUAAACUAAAAUCAGAUUCGAUUUAUGGAAUUUCACAAAAAAGCUUAAGAAUUGAGUGACGUGGACCUAGUUUGUUUUUUUUUCGUUUGGUGAUUAGGGGAACAGGACUUCAGAAUGUCGGCGAUUCGGAGGAAGAAGGAAGGAAGCGAUGGGGAUCGCGAGUUGCUGGUUGAGGAGUCCUCCAGAGCCGAAGUUCUGCAUAAAGAUGAACCAAAACCAGACAUCCGGGGGGACAGACAAAACAUAGCCAUACUUCUGUUUCUGUAUAUACUGCAGGGUAUACCCAUUGGCCUGAUUGCCGCUAUUCCCAUGCUCCUGCAGAACAGGGGAGCCAGUUACAAGCAGCAGGCAGAGUUCUCCUUUGCCUACUGGCCAUUUAGUUUAAAGCUUCUCUGGGCUCCCAUCGUGGACUCCCUGUACAUCCGACGAUUUGGCCGCAGGAAAUCCUGGCUGGUGCCGGUGCAGUACUUGUUGGGUGCCUUCAUGUUGCUGCUCUCCCUGCAUGUGGAUCAAUGGCUCGGCGGGAACGGCGUGGAACCGAAUGUGCCACUUCUAACGCUACUCUUCUUCCUGCUUAACUUCCUGGCCGCCACCCAGGACAUUGCCGUAGAUGGCUGGGCGUUGACCAUGCUGAAGCGAUGCAAUGUGGGCUACGCUUCCACCUGCAAUAGUGUCGGACAGACCGCUGGCUACUUCCUGGGCUACGUAGUGUUCAUUGCCCUGGAGUCCAAGGACUUCUGCAACACCUACCUCAGGGACUCGCCGCUGGAAGAGAGCAUGAUCACGCUGCCUCGUUUCCUCUGGUUCUGGGGCAUCACCUUCAUAGUGGCCACCACAUUGGUUGCCGUUUUCAAAAAAGAAAACGACAUUGAGGAUGCCCACAUGGAUGCCCGCUACACAGAGGAGCACGAGCUGAACAUCCACCAGAGCUACAAGAUCCUGUGGGACAUGGUACGCAAGCGUCCCGUUCAAAUAUUGGCUGUUAUCCUGCUGACUGUGAAAGUAACCUUUGCCGCUUCGGAUGCGGUAACGAGUCUAAAAUUAAUUGACGCCGGAGUGCCUAAGGACAAGCUGGCAUUGCUGGCCAUACCUCUGAUUCCCCUGCAGCUCAUCCUGCCGCUGGCGGUGGGACGUUAUACCAACGGACCGCGUCCCAUGGACGUUUACCUGAAAGCUAUACCCUACCGCAUUAUCAUGGCCUCGGUGGCCACUCUCUUCGCCUAUGCCACACCGUACAUUAUCAAGGGAGGAUCUCCCCCAAUCUAUUACUACGUUUUGUUGGUCACCAGCUAUGCGAUCUACCAGGUGUUCCUCUACUCCAUGUUCGUGGCUGCCAUGGCCUUCUUUGCCAAGAUCUCGGACCCCGCUGUGGGAGGCACAUACAUGACUUUCCUCAAUACUCUGUGCAAUCUGGGUGGAAAUUGGCCCAACACAGUGAUACUGUGGUUGGUCGACGUUCUAACCUGGAAGCAAUGCUCCACCAACCCUGCCAACGAAUGUCUCGGGAAGGAGCAGCAGCAGAGCUGUGAAGCAUCGGAGGGCAAGUGCGAGAUCGCCUUCGAUGGCUAUUACCUGGAGUCUGCCAUCUGCGUGGUGUACGGCAUAUUGUGGCUGCUUAUCGCCCGGAAGUGGAUCGUCCACCUUCAGGAUCUCCCAGUGCGUUCCUGGCUGGUAGUGAAGAAGAAGUUGAGGUAGCAAUCAAUCGUGUGAUUAGGAGUCAGAUCCAAAUCCAGCACCAAUUCGUAGGUACAAGCAGCUAGUUUUAGGACUAGGAAGAGGACGUUUGCAUUCUGUAGGCUAGCGAAAUUGAAAAUUCCCGCCUUGUAUUGUUUUUCGUAUAACACACAACUUAAAUCGAUUCCAAUGGAAAUAAAAUUAAAUGUUGAAUAGAGCGAA